AUGUUGGCUUUGUUGCCACGUCGUCGUCUUUCGUCUUCCCACCACCACCUUCCCUCCACAUCCAACCUCGUUCGACACACCCAACGAUCGCACCUCAUUUCCACCCACCACCAUGCACGUAUGGCGAAAAAGAAGACCACACCAGCGAAGUUGAGGAAGCGUCAAGCGUCAAAAGCUGACGAGCAGCCAGUCAAACGCAGCCGACGUGGCCAGAACAACGACAACCAUGACAAGCAAGAAGAUUCCGACCAGUGGGCCGACAAGGAGCAGGCCACGGAGACCAAAGGAAAGGCAGGAAAGGGGGGAAAGCGAGGGCGGGCGAAGGCACCUGCCCAAAGGAAAACUGCCCAGGACCGCAAUCGAGAAGAUGCAGCGCUCGCAUCGCCGCCCAGGUCAAAGCAAACGCCUGCCGAGCGCGUGUUGUCCGCCUGCGGCAUCAGUGUCGCACCCCCACCCGACGACUCGACCCCUGCUCAGCCCAUGCCCGCUUCCGCUACCCAACGCCGCCAGGCUGCCAAACCAUGUGGUGGCCCCAAUGAAACCAACGACGACAACCACCCCCUCCAAGAUACAAACAGCGACGACAUGAACGGACCCAACGAAGACGAAGAACCAAACAAAGACCAACAACCUGAAGACACCCAGCACGACAACAACAACAACCAGCAUGACGACAACAACAACAACAACCAGCACGAUGACAACAACAACAACAACCAGCAUGACAAACGGCACGACGAACAGCACGACGAGCAGCACAAUGAACAGCACGACGAGCAGCACAUCAACACUGGGAGCGCCACCCGUCCACACACCAAGCGUGCCCACGUCAGCACCAACACCCCCAGCACCAACGCCGCCGCCACACGUCAGCAAGCCACGCCCGCCAACGCCAGUACCAACACCGCCACACGUCAGCGCAAUGCGCACGCCAACACAAUCAACAUGACCCCACACCAGCGUGUCACGCCUGCCAACGUCAACACCAGCACCAAUGCAGCCACACGUCGGCAUGCCAUGCCCACCACGCGCACAGUCAUGGGGAAGCCCAACGCUAACGUAGAUAGCCAACAUAAUGCAGAUAACAACAACACAGAACAUUUUCGUGGGCGGCAGCUCAAGCGUGAUGGCAAUCCAAGUCAAGCAGCAUCUAUACACCAUGAAGAUACAGUUAUGGCUAGUCCACCAAAAGGGACAAUUCCUGCAUACGGCUCAUCACGUUCGACUGGUGGAGUCUUCCGGGGAAAAGCUCUGGGCAAUUCCAUUAACAUUGGUGACGCUGUUGAAGUCUGGGAGGAGAUGGAUGUUUUUAGAGAGGGUCUAGCUCAGAAACCAGUCAAGGGAAAGAUUCACUUCUACAUCUCAAACCUCAAUCCACCCGAUAUUGACAUCACCAAGUCCUCUUUUAUCGCCGAUGUCUCUGAUAUCAGAAAGUGUGAAACCAUUCAAGAUGUUAUUGGUCGUGGAUCCCGAGACUAUUCACCUAUUCGACAACCUGCCUAUCACCUCUUCAAAUAUGAAGAAGAGGGCUGGAGUGUCCAAGGACACUAUGAAUCAAUCAUGAAGCGCAAACCAACAGAUGAAGACUAUGUAGAGUGGUUGGAUGAUGAGCAGAACAGAAAGAUUAUUCGUAUUUUGGGUACUACAUUUGAUCCUAGUCUCUCAGUAUCUUUGCCUGGAUUUACAGGCCAUCUUGGUUCUAGCAUUGGGUCUCGUUCUGUAUCUGCACACUCUGGCUCUCGUGCAGGCUGUCGUAUUACAUCUGCUGGUCAUUCUUCAUCCACUGUCGAACAAGGUUCAUCUCUAGGUCACUGGUUCAUUGGAAAAGACAAACUGUCUCCAGCAUUGAGAAACCGUCUUGUUGAAGAGCUUAAUCUCAAUGCUAAUUAUACAAAUUGUUCAGCUACAGGCCUGUGCUUUGCCUGGGGACGAUAUUUAGAAUGUACUGCAGCUCUUGCACGGGCCAAAGAAAUGGUAGCAGUUGGAAGUUGGCCAUCUGACAUUCCUGCUUUUACGGAAUGGAUGGUAAUUGAAGUCUUCAUUGGGAGGUCAACUUGGUAUGCCAACUAUGUUCCAGCCUUUGGAGCAAUUGCAGACGAAGAAACAGCCUUUCCUGAAAUGAGGGACUGGUUGGAUAGUCCACCAGAUCAAGUCCUUCGAUCUGAUACUGAGCAUCUUUGGGGUAUUCGGGAUCAGCUGUCUUUUACUAUGGAGGAAAUAAAGAAGUGGCAGGACAACGGUGGAACUUUGGACAAAAAUUAUAGUCCAACUCCUAGUCCAGAACUAGAUGGCUCAUCAAAAGGAAAGGGCAAGGGAAAGGUUAAGGCUCAGUCAAAGUCUCACAAGAAAUUGAAGUAG